ACACCAGAUUUCAUUUCACAUUCAAACUAACUAAAACAAACCAAACAAACACCAACUCAAAAUCUAAAUCAAAUUAUCCAUUUCUCAAUCGAAAUAGAAAUUUCUAACUCGAUCGAAAUUUAACGAAAGUACAGUGAACAAACUGUUUGAUUAAUUUAAUUUUGUAACUUAAACGUUUCCAAGGAAAACAAAUGGCGUUAUUUCGAAAAUUGUUCUACAGGAAACCACCUGACGGCUUGCUUGAGAUCUGUGAACGUGUUUACGUGUUUGAUUACUGCUUCAUUACUGAUGCUUGGCAAGAGGAGAAUUAUAGAAGCUAUAUGAGUGGAAUUGUUGGUCAACUUAAAGAACAUUUUCCUGAUGCUUCAUUCUUGGCUUUCAAUUUCCGCGAGGGUGAUACUCCAACCCAGCUUGCUAAUAUCUUGUCUGACUUUGAUAUGACCAUUAUGGAGUACCCUCGGCAAUACGAAGGUUGCCCGUUAAUCAAAAUGGAGCUGAUUCAUCAUUUUUUAAGAUCAGGUGAAAGUUGGCUUUCGCUUGGCCAUAACAACUUGCUUCUUAUGCAUUGUGAACGGGGCGGUUGGCUCGUACUUGCCUUUAUGCUGGCAGCGUUGCUUAUUUAUAGGAAGCAGUAUAGCGGAGAGCAGAAGACCCUUGAUAUGAUAUAUAGACAGGCUCCUCGUGAGCUUCUGCAUUUGCUGUCACCAUUAAAUCCUCUUCCUUCUCAAUUGAGGUAUCUACAAUAUGUUUCGAGGAGGAAUGUGGCUUCGGAAUGGCCUCCACUCGAUAGAACUGUUACAAUGGAUUGCAUUAUUUUAAGAUUUAUUCCAAAUUUUGACGGGCAUGGAGGUUGCUGUCCGGUAUUUCGAAUAUACGGGCAUGCUCCUUCAGACGAGUCUGCCAACGUUGGGUGCCUAACUCCUCGUAAAGGAAAAAAUAUCCGGGCUUAUAAGCAGACAGAAUGUGAACUAGUUAAGAUUGACAUCAAUUGUCGAAUCCAAGGCGAUGUUGUGCUGGAGUGUGUUAGCUUAAAUGAUGAUAUGGAACAUGAACGGAUGAUGUUUCGAGCUGUGUUUAACACAGCUUUUAUUAGGUCAAACAUCUUGAUACUUAAUCGAGAUGAAAUUGAUAUUUUAUGGGAUGCUAAGGAUCAUUUUCCAAAGGACUUCAGAGCAGAGAUUCUUUUCUCAGAGAUGGAUGCUGCUGAUUCCAUUGUUGCAGUAGAUUUCCCUCGCAUUGAGGAAAAGGAAGGUCUAACAGAGGAAGAAUUUUAUAAAGUUCAUGAGAUGUUUAACUCUGAUGACUGGUACUCAUCAGAUAUCGCACUUAAUGUGCUUCAAGGUGCAUCAAAUAUUCUCCAAGAAAAAUUGGAAGCUGAUUUGCAACAAGGUAGACAAAAUAGUCCUCUAAGCCCUAGAAGUCCUCAAAGUCUUGAAAGAAGUCCUCGAAAGCGUCGAGAGAGAAAGAAGCGCACGGCUUUUGAUAGUGAGAUCAAGAGUUUCAUGCUGUCAGCACAACAGAUUGAGUCUGUACACUCGCCAAAAUCAUCAACAGAUUUUAAUGCUGAUAUAGUGGAGGAGACUAAGGACAAAGACAUACAAUCUGGCCUUCAAGUUACCAUCCAGUCUGAUAAGUGCGAGCGACCACAUCAAUUAUCCUUAGAUUCUACGACCAGACUUCUGUCGGAUAAUGUUGCCUCAUUUGGGAGUCCUGAGUUCUAUGAUAAGAUAUCAUCUACAUAUACUUUAAAUCAAAACUUGCCAGGUGAUAGAACUGAACCUGUGGAUUCCUCAAGUGUUAAUUUUUCACCAUCAAAGCAUCCAUUGGGACCUGUCGUGAAUUCAAGUGCCUCAAACUCUCUGCCCCCUUCAAUUUCAAAAACAGUAGAUCCUUUGCUUGCCAAAGAGACUAAAACUUAUAUUGGGGAUAAAUGUCAGUUAUCAUCAGAAAGAAGCCAACCUACCUCCAAGAAUCAAUCAACCAUGCUUGUUCCUCCCAGUCCUCCUAUCAAACUACCAAUACCUCCUCCAUUGUCACCUGUGGGGGAAAAUGACGCCAUUAAAUGUGAACCUCCCACACCACCACCUCCUCCAACUCCACCUUUGAAGGAGAACCUUGCUGUUAGAGUUAGACCUCCUCCACCCCCGCCUCCUCCUCUUUGUUCGGUGCAGGUAGCCUCUUUGACAGUUUCAUCACUGGCACCACCACCGCCCCCACCUCCAUUCAACUCCUCUCGAGCUCCUUCCGCACCCCCUCCUCCAUCUUCUGCACCUCCUCCUCCAUCUUUUGCACCGCCAACUCCUGCACCGCCGUUCAGUUCUCCUUCCAGCACCAAGGGACGUUUGUCUCGUACAAUAAGUUCAAGGAGCCAUCAGACCAAGAAGUUGAAACCAUUGCAUUGGUUGAAAUUAACAAGAGCUGUUCAUGGAAGUUUAUGGGAAGAGGCACAAAAAUGUGGGGAAGCAUCCAAGGCUCCAGAGAUUGACAUGUCAGAGCUUGAAACUCUUUUUUCAGCGUCAAUAUCAAGUUCAGAUAAUGGAAAGAAGUCUAAUAUGCGCGGCUCACUCGGACAAAAAGUUGAUAAAGUGCAGCUGAUUGAACACAGGCGAGCAUAUAACUGUGAAAUCAUGCUCUCAAAGGUGAAAGUGCCGCUAAACACAUUAAUGGGUUCAGUACUUGCCCUCGAAGACACAGCACUAGAUAUGGAUCAGCUAGAGAACCUCAUAAAAUUUUGUCCUACAAAAGAGGAGAUGGAACUACUAAAGGGCUACACUGGAGAAAAGGAGAAGUUGGGAAAAUGUGAACAGUUUUUCUUAGAAUUAAUGCAAGUACCAAGAGUAGAGUCAAAGCUCAGAGUCUUCUCUUUUAAGAUGCAGUUUCAUGCCCAGGUUUCUGACCUAAGAAACAGCCUAAAUGUGGUAAACUCUACAGCAGAAGAGAUCAGGAAUUCUGCCAUGUUGAAAAAAGUUAUGCAGACAAUUCUUUCACUGGGAAAUGCUUUGAAUCAGGGAACUGCGAGGGGCUCUGCUAUUGGAUUUAAAUUGGAUAGCCUUCUUAAACUAACUGACACUCGGGCUAAGAACAACAAGAUAACUCUCAUGCAUUAUCUUUGUAAGGUGCUCGCUGACAAACUACCCGAGCUCCUAGAUUUUUACAAAUAUCUUGCCAGUUUGGAACCUGCAUCAAAGAUACAAUUGAAAUUUUUGGCAGAGGAAAUGCAAGCCAUAAGCAAGGGAUUGGAAAAAGUUGUACAGGAAUUAUCCAUAUCUGAAAGCGAUGGUCCGAUUUCAGACAGUUUUCGUAAGAUUUUAAAGGAGUUUCUUCGUUUUGCUGAAGCUGAAGUCAGAUCUUUAGCUUCUUUGUACUCUGGAGUGGGCAGAAAUGUGGAUGCUUUGAUUCUUUAUUUUGGAGAAGAUCCAGCACGUUGCCCCUUUGAACAAGUUGUUUCAACCCUACUCAAUUUUGUGAAAUUGUUCAAGAAAGCACAUGGGGAGAAUUGCAAGCAGCUUGAGAAUGAAAUGAAGAAAGCAGCUGAAAAUGAAAAAUCUAAAUUAAAGGAGUCUGAAAGAUUGUUGCAGAAACCAGUUGAGAGUGGCAGUGUCAAGUGACUCCAUGUUUAAAGAUGAGCUAUCUUCCCUCUGCGGAAGCACUGCAGCAUGUCGUAGGCAUCAAAUAAGAAAUGGAGGAGAAGGAAAUUUAAUCCUAAACUGUAAAUAUUCAGUUAGUUUCAGGUUAUAUUCAUCUCUCGUGAAAGCAGCAUGGUGCCUUCAUGAUGAUAAACAAUAAUGCAUACUGUGAUUCUCUUUGGAGCAGGAAGGGUGCUAGUUUGUUUGAUUCUUAUCUUUGUUAGGUAACUUGCAUAACAUCCAACAAAUAAUUGUGGUAAAAAAACAGGUGAUUUUGGAAUUUCUACUCAUUUUCAAUCCUUUUAAUAUCUUCCCUUUAAUUAA